CCAAGCGAAAGACCUAAAGGGACGCGCGUUUUCUGUGCAAACAUGCAGUCGCUGUUUUCUUAUGUCUUACUCUUAAUUUCAGCAGUAUUGCUGGAAGUACCUAUCGCUUCAGGCAAAGCAAAACACCAACUGAAACACGAUGUCACGGAUGCAUUUAAGACAUUUGAGGUAUUCCCUUACGCCAUCACCGCAUUUGAUUCGGAUGACGAUGGAGAUCUGGACUGUGCGAUGGUUGUGCGGCAACAGCUCGAUGAGAACCAGAAGACUGCUACCUACGUAUUUGUGCUACCGCCCGUCAAUGGACAUCAACCAGAGAACCACACCUACUAUGUAAAGGAAGGAUCAACAACUGACAAACCUGUGUUCACGGUGGAUGACGGUGCCAAUGGUGAGGAAACGGCGUAUUUUAUAUAUAGCAACUACAAAGAUUGCACUGUAGUGGACUUCCCGUUCAAGGAGAGACACAGCUGUGGUCUAUGGGUCACCAAAGAUGUGUUGCACAGUUUCCCGCAGGAAUGCAUUGACCAAUUCGAGGACAACUGCGACAGAGCGGUCGUGGUGUUCGACGACGAAACGUGCAAGGGUGUGUUCGACAAUAUCUAGAGCACUUCUCAUUCGCGUGUAUUUUCACGAGCGUUCGGUCAUUAGUACCGAAUAAUAAAUUGCCCCUUCACAGAAAACUAUACUGGUCCGUCAAUGAUCUUUAUCUAACCCCUGUCCCCCUUCUCCCACCAGACCAUCCGCUCCCUCAAAAAAAAAAAAAAAGGGUGACACGCAUAUCCAACCUGCUCCUAGCAACUAAAUGAUGCGAAGCUUGUUUGAGUUAGCGAAUUAGCAGCAGCAGUGGAUGAAUCGAGCACAACCACGUUGGCUCUAGCUGUUACCUAUCUGCGUCGCGAGGACGAAGGCGAUUUACGAUGCUUCUAUAGAGAAGAAUGCUGAUGAGAGGUACACGACACAGUGUAAUAUGACACAUAAAUAUAUUUAAGGCUUUGGGCCUUCGUGCCACUGGUGGACAUCCAUUCGGGAGGAUUACCCGAAAGCGGGCACAUAUCGAGUGGCUAGCGUUGUGUAUAAGGGAUGAAAAAAAAACUGAAGGCAAUCUUGUGUUUUCGUGGGAAUAACCGAAGAGUUGGUGUGCGUGACGUCACUUCGUAUAUAUUUUAGUGACGUGAAAAUUCCAGUUUCCAUGAUAGGCUUACCGAGUUGAGUGUCGCGGAGAAAAGGGGUCCAUGCCCUCCAUUCGAAUCGUCGAAGAACAGCUAGUCGUAGUCCACUUUCUGUGGUCAGAUGGAGCCGACGCGUUGAACAUCCACCAUAGGUUAUCAGUUUCCCCAUCGUCUAUACAGCGCUGAUCAUGUGCCACCGAAUUACCACACCUUCGGCCUUUUGACUGAAGCAGUGCGUUUAGGUCAGAGAACGAGGUCCAGCUAACGGUGUGAGCAUAUAUAGCUUGAUGAGCAGCCAAACACUUCCUCGACGAUAGGAUAAAAAACCUGAUCACACCUUACCUAAAGUAUAUUGCCAUGCAGAAAUAAUAUAUUAAAGAAUUGAUCUCUGUAUAGUUAUUCUUCCUGUAUGCAAUAA